AUGGAGCUGCAGAUGACGCCCGCGAGCGGGGCCCCGUUCGGGGGGUCCAGGGUGGUGGACUUUGUCGCGGCGUGGGACGCGAUAUCGCCGCGAUUGGCGGCGCGCGAACACGGAGAGGCGGACAAGGAGAUGCUGCUGAGCGCGUUGACGCUCGCCAUACCGCGGCUGCAGCAGAUCGUGCGAACGGAAGGGAAAGGAAAGAAGCCGGCGCACGAGCGAGCGGUGGACGUGACGCUCACGCUCGUGGACAUGGGGAUGGACGCGGAAUGCAUCUCCGCGGGAUUGCUUCGAGAGGCCGUGGUGCACGGGACGGUGAGUUUGGAUGAGAUAGAGGACGUGCUCGGGGAGCGGGUGAUGCGGUUGGCGCACGAUGUGGGGCGAGUGCACGAUUUACCGAGACGAGUGCACUCGUACGACGAAAACGCGGCGGAACGCUUGCGGUCGUUUUACCUGUCGUUUCACGACAUAAGAGCGAUCGUGGUGGAGUUGGCGUGCAGACUUGAUACUUUGAGAAACAUCGAUGAGCUUGAGCCGAUCCAGCGGACGACGAUUGCGUUGGAGACGAUGCAGAUUUACGCCCCCAUGGCGCACGCGUUGAACACGGGCGCCCUUUGCGCAGAGUUGGAAGAUUUAGCGUUUAAGAUUUUGUUUCCGACGUCUUACGCCUCGCUGGAGAGGUGGCUGACGGCAAAAAGUCCAGGGGACUCGGCCAUCUUGGAUAAGAUGACAAAGAUGCUCACGGAUACGAUGAACGCCGACACGACGAUGAACGCGUUGAUCGGCCGCGGAGGGGUCAAGGUUUUGGCGAGAAGGAAAUCUCGUUACUCCACCAUGAAGAAGAUCAUUCGCGAUGGGCGAAAGCGUGAAGAGGUGCACGAUUUGCUCGGACUACGCCUCGUUUUGACCCCGCAACCUGGGACGUUAAAAGCGGCGAACGCGGCGUGCUAUCGCGCACAGCAAAUAGUGCACGGUUUAUUUCCAGCCGUAAGCGGACGAACCAAGGACUACAUCAGUGAUCCCAAGGCGAACGGAUACUCGUCCUUGCACAGCACUCUCAAGGUCGCGUUUGGCGACGACGGCAAACCUUUGGCGUCGAGCGAAGCGUACAAACGCGGCGUGAAUGUCGAGAUGCAGAUCCGAACGGCAGCCAUGCAUCUCGCCGCUGAAGCGGGCACUGCGUCGCACAAUUCGUAUAAGGGUGGCUUGAAGGAAGACACGGGUAUGGCGGGCUCGCUCGCGGACUUGGCCUCGGCAGCGAAUCGCGCCGCGGAGGAAAAGUUUGGCGCUUUCACGCACGCCGAUUUGCGCGAACGCGACGAACUCCACGACAGAUUGUUCGAAGCAUUCGAUCUUGAUGGUGAUGGUCGCGUCACGAUGAGUGAGCUGCGUACGGUACUGGAGAAAAUAUGGGACACGGAGAUGAACGAUUUGCGCGAGGAAGCUCACGCGUUGAUGGAGCUCCUCGACGUUAACCAGGAUGGUACUAUCGACGCUGAUGAAUUUGCAAAGUUCCGC